AGCCAGCCACGCAACACUAGAGCUACUGAAAACAUGGCUGCUUCUGUACGGGUGAGGACGUGGAACAACAAGGCUCGCUCAGUCAAACCCUGGCUACUUCUUUUGACAGGGAUCAUUUUAUUGGGCGAUGUAAAUCGUGGGGUCAUGGCAGCACCAGAACCGGGACAAUGGAGUAUUACAGUUGUCAAUACCUCAAGACCAUUACUUUUGAGGAAAUCCAUGUAUAAAGACACUGAUAUCAAAUUGAAAGUUGUGUCCUUUGGUUGUCCAGAGGAAAUGACUUUUACCAUUCAAUGGUACUUGAAAUACUAUCCCUGCCACAAUGAGUUCAAUAAUAUUGAGGAAAUGUAUGAGAGGACGCCACUGAGUCGAGGACAGAGUAUGGAUCCUAACCCUCUAGGACAAGGAGAAUGCAUUGAGCACAAGCACAAGCCCUUGAGCUGCAACAAUGACCUGCGAUACUUCCCAAUGCUAAAUAAAGCCAAGGCAGAACCACGGCCAGUUGUCCCUCCCAUGGAAGGAGCAGCACCGGGCUCAGAUGAAAACUACACGAAGUGGACGAUGGAGGAGUACGACAAAGUCGGCGGUCUGAAGAACGGCAGUGUGUCGCUUAAACAUGACGUCAUCGCCACCACGUGGAAGGACGGCCCCUAUCUGCUGGUGGUGGUGAUUAAGUCUAACAAACAGGAAGCCAACUGGAAUCUAACAGUCAACGUCGUAAUGAAGGGAACUCACGGCUACAUCUCCAUCACGGAAUGGCCUCUCAUGAUCUUCUACAUGGUGAUGUGUACAGUGUACAUCCUGUAUGCGUUACUCUGGUUCCUGUGGGCUGCCUGCUACUGGAAGGACUUACUGAGGAUCCAGUUCUGGAUAGCUGGAGUCAUCUUUCUGGGCAUGGUGGAGAAGGCUGUGUUCUGUGCUGAGUACGAGAACACCAACGGUGUCGGGGCAGCUUCUCCAGGCCUGUUGAUCUUUGCUGAGCUCAUCUCUGCCCUGAAGAGAACCCUGGCACGGCUGCUGGUCAUUAUCGUCAGUCUGGGAUAUGGUAUAGUCAAACCUCGACUGGGUACAGUGAUGCACAGAGUGGUGGGACUAGGUGUGCUGUACUUUGCCUUUGCUGCCAUCGAAGGUGUGCUUAGGAUCACUGGGGUUCGUGACAAUGGCCCCGCCCUCAUCACAUCCAUUGUUCUAGCAUUGAUGGACUUCUGUAUCAUCUGGUUCAUAUUUGUGAGCCUGGCUCACACUAUAAAGACACUGAAGCUGAGGAGAAACCCAGUGAAGCUGUCUCUCUACAGACAUUUCACAAACACACUCAUCUUUGCCAUUAUAGCUUCAGUCAUUUUCAUGGUGUGGACGACGAAAAAAUUCAGACUAGCCGACUGUCAAUCUGACUGGGUGGAGCUGUGGGUAGAUGAUGCCUUCUGGAGGUUCCUGUUCUCCAUCAUACUGCUGGUUAUCAUGUUCUUAUGGAGACCCUCUGCUAACAACCAAAGAUAUGCGUUCACUCCACUGAUGGAUGACUCUGACGAUGAGGAGAUCGAGGAGUUCCUGGUGUCAGCUAAUUUAGCUGAUGGCAUAAAGCUGAGAGCCUCCAACUUUAAGAGUGAGACGAACGGCUCAGCCAAGCCUUCAGGAUCUAACCCGGAUGAAGACUUGAAGUGGGUGGAAGAGAACAUUCCUACCUCUCUAACAGACGUAGCGUUGCCUGUCCUUCUUGAUUCAGAUGAGGAAAUCAUGACUACAAAAUAUGAAAUGUCCAAGAUGGAGUAACAUGGGGAAAUCUUCCUACUACCCACGAUGGAUGCAGAGCAUCUCUUCCUUCUGAGAUUGGUUCCUCCUGCAUGGCAUGGAAGAGACAGAUCACCAGGAGCGCGACACCUCUCCCGUCCUAGGCCUGUUUAGGCUGAGAGUCAGACCUCUGUCUACAACACUACUGGGGCUUAACACCUCUGACUUGGCGUCAGCAGGGUCCUAUUCAUUGGGUAUCAAAUGGAAGAAAACCGAUUUUUAAACAGGAGGUACUACCUGAACUUGUCCAAUAAGAAAUGCUGGUUAUAGUUUUCCGUUGCAAAACAUUUUUGCUGCGGUGUGCCCUAAUGUGUUUAGCCCUCUCACCCUCUCCACAAACCAAGACAUAACAAUUGAGUGUGUCCCAAAGUGCACCCUAUUCCCUAUUCAGUGCCUCCGGAAAAUAUUCAGACUCCUUUACUUUUUUUCACAUUUUGUUACAUUACAGCCAUGUUCUAAAAUUGAUUAAAUGUUUUUUUUCCCUCAUCAAACUACAUUCAAUAACUCAUAAUGACUGAAUGAAAAUAGGUUUUUAGAAUGUUUUGCAAAAUAAAAGAACUGAAAUAUCACAUUUCCAUAAGAAUUCAGACCCUUUACUCAGAACUUUGUUCAAGCAUUUUUGGCAGUGAUUACAGCCUCGAGUCUCGUUGGGUUUGACACUAUACGCCUGCCACUCCUGUAUUUAGGGGAGUUUCUCCCAUUCUUCUCUGCAGAUCCUCUCGAGCUCUGUCAGGUUGGAAGAGGAGUGUCGCUGCACUGUUUUUUUUUACGGUCUCAAGUGAUGUUAGCUCGGGUUCAAGUCCAUGCUCUGGCUGGGUCCCUCAAGGACAUUCAGAGACUUGUCCUGAAGCCACUCCUGCAUUGUCUUGGUUGUGUGCUUAGGGUCAUUGUCCUGUUAGAAGGUGAACCUUUGCCCCAGUCUGAAGUCUUGAGCACUCUGGAGCAGGUUUUCAUCAAGGAUCUCUCUGUACUUUGCUCUGUUCAUCUUUCUGUCGAUUCUGUCUAGUCUCCAACUCCCUAACGCUGAAAAACAUCCCCACAGCAAGAUGCUGCCACCACCAUGCUUCACCGUAGGGGAUGGUGCCAGGUUUCCUCCAGAUGUGAUGCUUGACAUUCAGGCUAACAAGUUCAAUCUUGGU